AGAAUGGAAAUAAAUAGCAGAGAGAAAUGGAGUGUGUGAAAAUAAAACCCAUUUUCUGAUCUCUCCUUCCAAACCCAACGCGUCUCUUUCUUUCUCCAUCCGUCAUUAAAAAUCACCACUCUGUUUCUUGUUUUUCUUCUUCCUCACCGGCAAAAAUGGCGAGCCCUAAAUUCAACAAAUCUAAAUCGUCUCAAUCCGCCGUCGUUUGGGACUGCGGAAGCUCCCUUUACGAUUCCUUCGAACUUAAUUCCCUCAAACGCCAACUCGAUUCCGCUAUUGCUUCAAGAACUCUGUCCAUGCCUCAUCUCCCUGGUCGCCGCUGCCUUCUUCCUUCUCCUCCACCUCCGCCACCGCCGCCCUCCAAAAGGCCCUCCAAGAUUUCCAGGUCUCUCCACAAAUUUCUCCGGUCGGUUUUCAGGCACAAGCCGAAUUCCAGCCCUAGCUUUAAUCCGGAACGACUCGACUCUGGAUUCUAUGUUCUGUAUGAAGAUGAGGCGAAUUCACUCUCUAAGAUUCCGGAGGUUGGAUUUGCCGGAUUUUCGCCGGAAAUUGCUUCUUUGGUUCGACGGACUGCGUCCGAGAGAUUCACGGCGGCCACUUCUAUGGGUAUUUCUUGUGCUUGAAUGAAGGAGCCUUCUUAGAAUAUAGGUAAAUUAGUUAAAAUUUUUAAUAAAUAAUUUUUAACAAUUAUCUUUUUUUUUUUUUUGUAAAUUGAAUUUUUGUUUUUGAGAGAUUAAUUGUAAGACUUUGUAGAACCUAUAUUAACAUGUUAGACAUAUCUGUAAUUAAUUAUUUAAAAUUCUCAUUUGCAAGUAUUAUUAUCUAGCUAACAUGAGUGUAGCUCAAUUGAUAUUGUACUUGUAUUAUCAAGUUUGAUCC